CUUCAUCAUAUCCAAAUUUAAACCAUCUUAAUUUAUGGGAUAAUCGAAUGAUAACUGAUGAAGGACUAUGUCAAAUUGCACAAUCAUGCAAUAAAUUGGAAUAUCUAAAUAUUUCUUAUUGUAAUGGUAUUACUGACAAAUCAUUAAUAAAAAUUACAAAGUCGUGCCAUAAUUUGAGAGAAUUUUAUUUUAAUGAAGCGUAUACAGGUAGUCGAGGAAAAAUCAAAGAUGCUAGUAUAUUACUACAAAUGCACCUCAAAUUAGAGUACCUUGAUUUCGCCCAUGUUAUGGCUUUUCGAAAUAAUUCCCUUAUUGUAGCUAUUAUCGGAUCUUCUUCAAAUUUAAAAUAUUUUGAUAUUUCUGGUAACAAUAUCGGAGAUGAGGUUGUUGAAGCAGUAGCUAGUACAUGCCAUGAAUUGGAAUAUCUUGAUCUUGGAGGGUGUGGAUUCAUUACCGAACUAUCGGUAUGUAAUGUUAUUCGAUCAUGUCCUAAACUUCAGCAUCUUGAACUUGGAUUUUGUGACAUUUCCGAUAAAACCAUUAAAGAAAUAGCCUGUUCGUGUCCUAAUUUAAAAUAUCUUGAUUUGGAUGGCUGUAAAAAAAAUGUUAAUAAGAAAGUUGUAAAACGACUUAAUCCGAGUAUACAUAUUAAAAAUUACAAUUCAUCAUAUGAAUGGUCCAAUUCUGAAUCGUCUGAUACUUCUGAUUCUGAUCCGAUGACAACACACAGAGCGGGGAAUCUAGAAGAGAAUCCUAUGAGCUCAUAUCUGCCUCCACCUAAUCCAAUCUUUACCGGUAUAAUUGAUGAAAGUGAUUUUAUUUCUGCAUUCAGUAAUUAUAUCAGAAUAUCAUCAGGAACGACUGACCCAGAACGGAAUAAUUUAUUUAAUAGAUUUUUGGGGAUCUCUAUGUGUAGUAGUAAACUUCUCAAGAAAAUCGGUGGCAUAAUUAGCAGAAAGUUGACUCCCGAAGAAAAAGAUAGUAAAUUCGUCAGAGAAGAAACCACAGCUCCACUUGGAUUGACCAUAAUCCCACCUACAUUUAUCUCUAACAUAAAAAAUAAUGCCUGUCUUAGUAGAAAGUAUAAUAACGAUGAACUUCAAACAUACAUAUCUGAAAUUGUAAUCGACACAGAGGAUGCUUUUGUAAGAACAACUCUGCAUAUUCAUGAUUUUUACAAAAUACUUUCUGGGAAAUCAAAAGAUUCAUUGUAUCACAGAUCAAAUAUCUCUACAACUUCCGAUUCGAGUACUUCAAAUGUCGAUUCCACAUCUGGUUCGGGAAUAGAAGGCCUUGCCCAUGCUUCGCAUAAUGGAGCUAGUAUCUCUGAUACAAAUCUCAUCAC